UUCCUCCAAUGUUUCUCUUACAUGAUCUCAAGUUGGUUGGUAGUACAGAUUCAAUUUAUCGGAAUUAAAUACGUGCUCCGGAUUUUUCAUAAGGUGACCCCAGAGGAGGCGGAAGAGGAAAAACGAACAAGAAGCGCCGUUUUGAAAGCUUAUGAAGAAUUGGAACCUAUGAGUUGGAUUGCAUGCCAGAUCGACAAUAAUUUGAUCCAUUUACCGCUGGUCUGGAUGCAGGUUAUAAUUUCAAUACUUGUGGUGACGAUGACUGAAUUUUCGACGAAUACUUCGACAGCCAGUAUUUUUAUCCCGAUUGCCUUCAAUGUGGCUGAAAAGUGUAAUGGAUAUGGCUUCAUCCAUCAUCGGCAGGACUAUACAAAACAACAGAAAAACCUAUUACAGUCUUUUGUUGCCGUCGGGACGUUAGUUGGCGUCUCGACGGCCCUUAUUCCCCUAGCCAAUCAAGCUGGUUUUGGCUAUUUUCUCACUGCUCGCAUAAUUCAGGGUGUUGCCUUUGCUGCUACUUCCCCUUUGAUAGGUGCCAUGACAGCUAUUUGGGCACCAUUAGGUGAACAUGGUCUUUUCCUGGCCUUAUGCACCGGUUUUACACAGUUGAGCAAUAUUUUCACAAUGCCUGUAUCUGGUGCAUUAUGCUCAUCAAGUUGGGGCUGGCCAGCCGUUUAUUACGUUCAUGCCAUCGUUGCCGCUGUUUGCUUCACAUUGUUUUUCAUUUUUUACAGAGACCAUCCAAAUAUUCAUCCAUUUGUUCGCCCAGUUGAAUUAGAGCGGAUUCAAGCUAAUAAGAAAAAUCAGGAAAAAGCUUCAAAAGUUCCAUACAAAUCCAUCAUGACCUCAAUAGUAAUCUGGGGAGUGUGGAUUGCCGCGUUGGGAGAUCUGCUCUCCGUACAGCUUGUAACAAUGUUCAACCCACAGUAUAUGAAAGACUAUUUAAAAUAUGAUAUAUUGAAUACAGGUUUCAUGGCAGCAUUGCCCGUAAUCGUUCAAUUUGCAGUAAAAUUGAUUUCCGGGAUCUUGUCCGAUUCCUUGGUG